GACUUCUAGUUCCAGUACAUUGAAAUUGUUUUGAUGGCGGCAGCGUAAAUCUCAAAGUAAACAUGGAUCGGUCAGUGAUUGUUUACCGUGGGUUUGCGGAAAUCACAGCUUGUCUGUAUUGGAUUUCGAUGCCAAUGACCUACAUUUGCAAAUUGUGAGGUUUCCGUUCAUUGCACAGUACAACUCCAUACGCCUACGAUUUAUUUUAAAAACCCGUCGACACCCGAUACACAAAGGUCUCCACCAAAAACGAAAAAGAGCAAGGUACUGAAGGAUGGCGGAGAUACGCGUCAAGUUUAACGUCGCCAUGUUGCUGGCCAUCCUGGCGGCUGAGAUCCUGAGCGUGGUGAUGUACACACACUACACCCCCUGGUACCACUCCUUGGGGCACCGGAACUUGAUCGCUGCCAUUGUAGCCGACUGUGUUCUUGUCUACUUACUCAAAUUAAUCAAAGAGAAUUUCUGGGACCCCAAGGACUGGGAGGACACGGCUAUUUUAAGUAUGUGGCUGACUCUACUCUACCUGGGCUAUCAGAUGCCGCACGUGGUUCACGAUGUGCACAGUUUUACCUAUUUCUUCGUCCAUGUUGUCCAUAAAUUUGCCAUCUCUUUUGUCAUGUUGUUCAUAAUGGAGAGAUUCAAACGAUAUUAAUAAAGACAUAUAAAUUA